GAACAACACUCUGAGACACCAGACAUUAAAUAAUGGGAUAUGCCCUUGAGGAAAGCCCCACAGCAAAGGUACUCCACGACGAUAAGAUACCUGCAGUCCAAAAAGGAGCACGACCAUGGGACUAGAGAAAAGAACCCUCAGUGAAGCAAGGCUGUCAGCAAAGAAGGAAACGCCGACCAUACAUUACGGACUCUUAUCUUUGGGAGUAGGAGUGAGGGGACGGUAAAGAAAUUGCAAAACUGAGGGCUAACUUAUCUAACGCCCACACAAAUGGAGCUGAGCAUGCUCAACAAGCUCACAAAUGGCAGCUGCUCAGCAAAGCCCAGCCUGCUCCACUCUGCCCCACCUAGAGCUUCACCUGCAAGGUUCAAGCCUGAAAACCUAUAGGUAGAAGGAGAGGUCAACUCUGAGACCCGAAGUAAAUCAUGCUAACUUGUCUGAUAAGCAGCAGCUGUGUUCUGGUGCGUUUAGUACACAGAUACUCAAUACACUGCAGUGAUGCGUCCCAAAAAGGCUCUGGCGAGGAUGAGCAGGUAGGCGAGUGGCUGAGGGCUCAGCUUAGAUUUCACUUCUCCAGGAAGCUUUGCCUGACCCUCCUCCCACCAACUCUUGAUUUGCUCCAGGUGGCCUCCUCCAGACAUCCACAACAGUCAGUACUCUUGUAGCACUGACCUUGACAUUUCUUGUUUAUUCACCUGUCCAACUAGAUUGUAGCUCCUCAAGAAAAGAGACUCUACCACAGUGCAUUCCCAGGGUCUAGCAUCGUGCUUGGCACAGAGGAGGAAGUGGCCCAAGACACAUUCACUGAAAGAAAAGUAUACGGGCUUUAUAUUCCCAGUGGCAAAAUGCUCAGUACAGCUUGUUGAGCUGAACUAUACCAAUUUGACAAUUGCAUUGCUUAAAGAACAGGAUUUCAUAGCUUCUUUAUGGAGGCAGGGUAGCAUGCCACUUAUGAACACCAGCUCUGAAACCCCAACUCUGGGGUCAGACCCAUGGGAGUCUCUAUCCCAACCCUGUCAUCUACUAGCUGUGUGAUCCACAGACCCACGGGAAGUUCAUCUCUCUGUGCCUUAAUGUCAUCAUCUGAAAGGGGAUAUUCAUAGUCCCCCUCUCCAAGAGUUGUCCUGAGGAUUCAGUGCAUAGACUGCUUAGCACAGAGGUUGGCAUUAAGACUCGCUCAAUAAAUGAUUGUUAUUAUUAUUAGCCCUUCCCUGGAAUGAGGAUAAAUUUUGUCCAGACCUGGUAAGAGGUCUUACUUACCUCUGUUUUUGUCAGAAGCCACUUAAAAGUAUGCCACCAAUUUGCUUUGGGUUCUUUUCAAGAUUAAACUGGCUGAGGUAACUGUGCAACUUAAAAUUUGAAGAAAAAAAAAGGAAAAGAAACCUACAGCUCAGAUUCUCCAUUGUUUUCUUACUGCUUCUCAAUUUCCAGGGGUUCCCUCUUGGCGUCAUCACCAUGGGUGGUGUCCCCGUCAGGAGAAGCAGCCUGGGACCCAGCUGAGGCGCUUGGGGUGGUGGCUGCACUGUUGCAAGGGCCUUAGCAAGAGUCUGGAAGCACAGGGAGGCCGUGCUGAAAGCCCAUUUCCAAGCGGAGGAAACCAGGCGGCAGGGCAGCAAAUUCGGAGUCCCAGCUUUCUGGGUCUCCCUCUCUCCCUGCUCCCCUCGUAUGUCCUCCUUUCCCACCUAGUACUGUCCUUGGCUUGGUCCUUCUAGGCCACAAUCUCUCCCUGGCUCUAUAAUUUUUUUUUUAAUCACAGUCUCAGAAUAGAAUAUCUCCUCUACUGUAGGCUGCUCUGCAUUCUAAGAGCAAAGAAAUCUGCUCUUUACCUUUUCUCCAUCCCAAACAACUCUGCAAAAAGCAAAAACAGCUUUAAUUAACAUACCAUAAAAUUCAUUCAUUUUAAGCAUGCAAUUCAAGGUUUUUAGUACGUUUACAGAGCUGUGUAACCAUCCCCAUGAUUCAAUUUUAGAACAUUUUCAUCACCCAGAAAGAUGGUUAGUGCCCAUUCGUAGUCACUCCCCUUUCCCAGCCCCAGCGAACUGCUAAUCUACUUUCUGUCUCUAUAGAUUUGCCUUUUCUGGACAUUUCACAUAAAUGGAAUCUUAUGAUACGUAGUCUUCAUGUCUGGCUUCCUUCACUUACUUUUGAGAUUCAUCCACCGUUGUAGCAUUUAUCGUUCCUUUAUAUUGCUGAAUAGUAUUCCACUGUAUGAAUAUAUCCAUUUGUUUGUCCGUUCACCAGCUGGUGGACAUUUGAGUUGUCUCCAGCAUUUUGGGGUGGGGGUGGGGUUGUUUCCAGUUUUCAUUCCAAAUACUGCUCCAUCCACCUCACCCAUAUCAUCUCUCCCCCAAAUCAUUUCUAUGAGACAGGAAAGGGGUCAAAUACUAAGCAACUCCCCAGGAUAAAUACAAAUAAGGAAACCUGACAAAUGUCCACUAUGCCUACAACUGAAUCCUGUCUUUUAAGUGAAUAUACUGUUAACAAAGAUCAAAAUAACUUCAACUUACAAUGUAAGAGAAAUGUAUGUGUUCAUUUUCUUUUAGGUUUGCUAAGUUACAUUUAUCUUUUAAAUGGAAAUGCUGUUAAAGUAAAGAAAAAGUGAAUGCAAGCUACGUAUCACAUUUGUCAGACACCUAGAUGCAUAUGUGCUGAUAUAUUGAGACAAACUGAUACCUGGAUUGGGUAUUGAGGGUUGCAAAGCAGAGAAUUCCUUUUUGCUACAAGCACGUAGUCUCAUUUUGAUUUUUGUGGCAAAUGGUAAUCCGAGAAGAAAACUCAAAAACUCAUUUCCAAUUCUCAAGUGAUUUAGGAAAUAAUAUGUAUGUGUAUGUGUGUGUAUAUAUACAUAUAUAUGCAUGGGUGUAUACAGAGAGAGAAAAAGAGUGAGCAAAUGUGGCAAACUGUUAAUAAUUGGUGAAUCUCGAUGAAGUAUAAUUCUUUGUUCUGUUCUUGCAUUUUUCAUAUAAGUUUGCAAUUAUUUCAAAAUAAAAAGUUAAAAUAAAUUUCAUCCAAAAGAACAUAGAAAACUCAGUCUUCCAGUCCUUCAGGUUAAACACUUUGUCUCUAAGUGGGUCACCAGAGCAUUCUUGCCUGAGUCAAUUUCAAUAGAUUUGAGGAGAACCAUAUGACAGUCUUUAGUUUCUCUCAAUGGUCUAUUAAAAAUCAAACUUCUGUGAUGGUAAAGGCUUCUUGAACUCAUGUUGCCUUUUGUCUUCUGUAUCUUCAGGAGCCAUGGGAGUCAUAAGCUUCUAAGUCAUGAUGUAAAGUAGUAUUUGUUUUCUGGUCUUGAACUGACCUCUUCUACAUUCAUCAGGUGGAACCAGCUUUCUUCUAGUUUAUAAUUCACACAUUUAUUUGCUCUAAGUAGCACUCAAAGUGUUUCUCUACACUGCCCCCCACCAUUUUCCUCCUCAUAAGAUGGUGAGGGCCUCUGCACCCCCACAAGUAGUGUUGUUGAGGCUUAAGGAUAUUUCACUGCCCACAGCCCUAACUUGGGGUUACUGUGCAUCGCUCCCAAUUUGUUUCAUAGAUACAACUACUUCCCAGGAGGAAAAGGAAACCGAAAAGGAAACCCAGCACCACCAACAGCUUUCCCAACAUUCAGUACGUAUUUAUUGAGUUAGUAUUUAUUUGUGGAGUUCUGGGGUUUCGGGGAAUUUUUAAAUGUGAUCCCCUUAGUUUCCAGAAAAAAACUGGUGAAGUAGUUAGCACCAGUUAGUUAACUAGGUAGUUAUUUGGACUCACAGCCCAGUACACUCUCCACCGUACGCUACUAAGCAUUUCUGACACAACUACACGCAAGAGUAGGACAAAUCUUCAUUUCAAUCCCACAAACCCCUUUCCUGGAACAAUUCUGUAACCGAGCGAAAAGGGGCUAGUUCUGCUCACUGCAAUCUAGUGCCAAUCAAUUGCAGACAAGCCAGUGGUUGAGAAAAGAAAGUUUAUACGAUUAGCUGGCAUCAUCGGAAGAUGGUGGACUAGUGCCCCAAAGAAGCAUCUUAAGAUCACACAGAAUCCUGAGGCAGCUAUGCAGGGAGACGGACAGGGAAGGAGGGGGCUUAGGGACGUCAACCAACCGGUGACAAACUUCAAGGCACCGCAUUCUCUCUUCUGUCAUUUGUGAUGAGUUUUUCUUUCUGGAGGUCGUCAUGUUCCUGUGGAACUCAGAGAAUAAGGUUGUCUUAUCAUAGCUGGGAGAUUUAUGUAAGCAAGAGUCAUAGAACUAACAGAUCAUGUAUUUUGUAAAAGCAGGAGGUGCUUAAUCAUCUAGGCUAUGACCAGGCUAAAAUGUAUUCAGAGACUAGUGAAUCAGGAUCAUAGUUACAGUGUUGCUUCUUUUCCCUAACAUGGCUUCCUUCACGUAAACUUAAGAUCUGGCUGUUACAAUUCUAGCUCCUUUGAUCUCUACAGCAUCUUUCUACUGCCCAUUAUAAUAUUUCAAGACUGGUUCUAGAAUCAUCUUAUGCAAGAAUUUUGUCUUUUCCCAACUUUAAAGUGUCAUUUUCUAUAAAAUCUCUUAAAUACCUUUCACGUAGAAAUUGUUUAUUUCUUGUCUCAGUAAAUCCUUUAGGAAUUCUCUCUGAAAAGCAGCUUAAUUCAAAAUUUGGUUGCCUUAAUCACCGCGGUUGUUGAAAAGUCUUACUAGGUUUAAACCUGUUCUAAUUCAGAGCUCUAAAAUCACCUAUAAAAAACUGAAAAUAUUUAAAGUCAUCCAUAAUUAGACUUUUUUUCCCUCCCCAAAGCCCCAGUGCAUGGUUGUAUAUCUUGUCAUAAGUCCUUCUGGUUCGUCUAUGUGAGCCGCAGCCACAGCAUGGCAAUUAACAAACAGGUUGUGUGGUUUUGCCACCGGGAAAUGAAUCCAGGCCACCAAAGCAGUGACGGCACCCAACUGUAACCACUAGGCCAUCAGGGCUGGCUCCAGUAGACUUUUCAAUAGGACUUCUUUCCAGCUUUUUUUCAUUAUCCAGCUCUGUGUGUUUGAUCUCAGCCAGCUGUUGAUGGGGCUGAAGUGGUGGUGAGGGCCGGGUAAAAGAAGAGGAAGCUCGUUUCUGCAGGGGAAAAAAUAAGCAGCAUCAGUUCUUGCUUUAACAGUGUGGUUCCCCAACCUGCAGUAUCAACAUCCCCUGCGAACUUGUUAGAAAUGCAAAUUCUUGGACCCUACUCCAGACUAACUGGAUCAAGCUAUCCAGGUGAUUCCUGUGCAGGCUUAAGUUUAAAGGACUCGAUUCAGAUAUAGUGUUUACUGAAUUACAGACCACAGCCAGGAUUUUACAAACGGCUGGUUGAAAAUAAUUGCCUUGACUGGCUCUAGUGACCCCCCAGAAACAUAUCCCACUUACAUGUAUGUUCUCCUCAUUUAUCAUUUAUGGGUAUACUGGUUUUUUUACUACACAGGGCUGCCAGUUUGACAUUAGACUUGCUAAUGAGCAGUAACCAUGUGCUCCUGCGGCCUGUCAUUCAGUGCAGUCAAGGUGAAUCACAGGCAGCAGAGAAGAGCUUAGCAGUCAACCUUCUUCCACAUCCUGCUCUCAGGAAACAAGCAAGAGGAGGAGCCAGAGGUGUCAUUUGACACUGAUGACAGCGUAUUUAUUUCCUAUGCAAAACAGCCAAGGCAAAAAGACAAAGAGAAGCUAACUUCUGUAAGAAGGAGCUGGAUGGAAAAGGUGAUGCUGGCAGCUGCCUUUGCAGACUCCAACUCCAGCACCAUGAAUGUGUCUUCUGCUCACCUCCACUUUGCUGGAGGGUACCUGCCUUCUGACUCCAAGGACUGGAGGACUAUAGUCCCAGCUCUCUUGGUGGCUGUCUGCCUGGUGGGCUUCGUGGGAAACCUGUGUGUGAUGGGCACCCUCCUUCAUCGUGCUUGGAAAGGAAAGCCAUCCAUGAUCCACUCCCUGAUUCUGAAUCUCAGCCUGGCUGAUCUCUCUCUCCUGCUCUUUUCUGUGCCUGUCCGAGCUACAGCAUACUCCAAAGGUGUUUGGGAUCUAGGCUGGUUUGUCUGCAAGUCCUCUGACUGGUUCAUCCACACAUGCAUGGCAGCCAAGAGCCUGACAAUCGUUGCAGUGGCCAAAGUAUGCUUCAUGUAUGCAAGUGACCCAGCCAAGCAAGUAAGUAUCCACAACUGCACCAUCUGGUCAGUGCUGGUGGCCAUCUGGGCUGUGGCCAGCCUGCUACCCUUACCAGAAUGGUUCUUUAGCACCACUAGGCAUUACGCAGGUGUGGAAAUGUGCCUCAUGGAUGUACCCGCUGUGGCCAAAGAGUUCAUGUCAAUGUUUGGUAAGCUCUACCCUCUCCUGGUAUUUUGCUUUCCAUUACUCUUCGCCAGCUUUUAUUUCUGGAGAGCUUAUGGCCAAUGCCAAAAACGAGGAACUAAGACUCAAAAUCUUAGAAACCAGAUGCGCUCAAGGCAACUCACAGUGAUGCUGCUGAGCAUUGCCAUCAUCUCUGCUAUUCUGUGGCUCCCUGAAUGGGUAGCUUGGCUGUGGAUAUGGCACGUGAAAGCUGGAGGCCCAGCCCCACCACAAGGUUUUAUAGCCCUAUCUCAAGUUCUAAUGUUUUCCAUCUCUUCAGCAAAUCCUCUCAUUUUUCUAGUGAUGUCAGAGGAGUUCAAGGAAGGCUUCAAAGGCUUAUGGAAAUGGAUGAUAACCAAAAAACAUCCCACUGCCUCUGAGUCUCAGGAAAUACCAACUGGUAACUCAGAGGUCCUUCCUGACAAUGUGCCAUCUCUAGAGUCCCCAACAUCCACACGAGACAAAGAGGAAACUGGUUCUCCCUCCUGCAGCAAAGAGAAAAGUGACAAGGCAGAGAUUCCCAUCCUCCCUGAUGUAGAGCAGUUUUGGCAUGAGAGGGACACAGUCCCUUGUGUACAAGACAAUGACCCUAUGCCCUGGGAACAUGAAGGUCAAGAGACAGGCGGAGAUUGUGAUAAAUAGAUUAAGUUUCAAAGCAAAUGCGAUUAUUGUAUUUACUUGUACUGCUGCUUAUCAAUACUGCUGACUUUACCAUAUAAAACAUGCUAAAAUUAUUACUGUUAAGAACUACAAAAAUGCUUCACAGUCUGCAUUUUCAAACUGUGCAACUUGGUAAGUAGAACACCAUGUUAGGAGUAAUAAUUAUGUUUCAGAAUUAUAACCUGGCUGCCUAAAGAAUUAACCGUAAGUGUUCUAUGAAGAUGCUCCUGCCACAGUGAUUAGAAAGCCCAGCUAUUUUGCCUCUUGUUCACAAUGGCUGUUUUCGGGUACUUUUUAGCACCAGCCCUUUACUGGUUGGAGUAGAGCUUAUUGUCAAAGGCUAAAUAAACCCCUUUACCUUUAGUUUCCUCCUGAAUGUGCUAGCUCUAACUUCACCUAUCAAAUUUUAUUUCACAUAACCAAAGCUCAAAAUCUAUUUCCAAUUAAGAGAUUUUACUUUAACACAUUAACAAAUAAAUUUUAAUGUUAUCUUUUUUUUAAAAAAAAUCUUAACUUACUUGAUGAAAAUCCAUACAGAAUUUCCAUGACUGAAGGCUGCAGAAUAAGGACCAGCACCUUAUUCUCAUUCUGGGCUAAUUUCAAACCAUGGCUUAUUUUGGCUAAGUUCAGGUAAAUUCAAACUUUGCCAUAUACUAAAACCUGCUUCAUUGGUCUUUUUAAGCCACCUCAGGGAGACUUCAGUUUCUGAGGAUUUUAGCAGCUUAGCAUGCCAUUCUAUUUUGAUAUGGAGAAAGAACUUAAAGACUAUCCUUCCUUCUCUUCCCAAUUAUCUACGCUUCCAAAUGCAGGAAACAGUUACUCUUCUACAAGCUAAAAUCAAUCUGUCCCAGUAUCUCUUUUCUCUCAAGAUACACUAUAAGCUAUGGUAAAUGACAGAGGUAUUACCUACUGAAGGCAACCCUCAAAAUACAGAUACAAAGGAGGAAUAGAGAUGGUGCUCUUUCUUGUUAAAUGAUAUUAAAUGUUUCCAUAUAUUGAACUUGAAUCAUGCCCAACUUUUAAAACACCUCAGGGCUUUUAAGCUAUAAGGGUAAUCAAGAGUAACCAGAAAAAAGAGAGAUUCAUAUGGAAAAGAGAAAAUUCAAUGGACACAAGACAGAUAAUCUGGCUAAGAAUAGAAAACAAAAAGCAUGAGGGCAGUACAGAAAGAAAAACAAUAAAAUUAAAUGUUGUGUUCCCAAACAUAUUAACAGUGUAAUUUGAAUAACAGGCAAUUACUGUUCAUUUUACAGCACCGUAAAG